GAGGGAACUGGGCCGGGCGGAAGAAGUCGAACACAAGGUAUUUCCGGUUCCGGUGUCAGUUCGAGGCGCCGCCGCCGCAGCCGCCGGAGCCGCGAUGCCUAAAGGAGGGAGAAAGGGAGGCCACAAAGGCCGGGCAAGGCAGUAUACAAGCCCUGAGGAGAUCGACGCCCAGCUCCAGGCUGAAAAGCAGAAGGCCAGGGAAGAAGAGGAACAAGAAGAAGGUGGUGAUGGGGCUGCAGGUGACCCCAAAAAGGAGAAGAAAUCUCUAGACUCAGAUGAGAGUGAGGAUGAAGAUGACGACUACCAGCAAAAGCGCAAAGGUGUAGAAGGGCUUAUCGACAUUGAGAACCCCAACCGGGUGGCCCAGACAACGAAAAAGGUCACGCAACUGGAUCUGGAUGGGCCAAAAGAGCUUUCAAGGAGAGAACGAGAGGAAAUAGAGAAGCAGAAAGCAAAAGAACGCUACAUGAAAAUGCAUUUAGCUGGGAAGACAGAGCAGGCCAAGGCUGACCUUGCCCGGCUGGCCAUCAUCCGGAAACAGCGGGAAGAGGCAGCGAGGAAGAAAGAAGAGGAGAGGAAAGCAAAAGACGAUGCGACUUUGUCAGGAAAACGGAUGCAGUCGCUCUCACUGAAUAAGUAAGCACGGCUGUGGAGGAGAGGCCAGGGGCUGGGCCGUGCCGCCAGGACCCCUCCCGUGCCACCUGCCCUGCGCCCUGGUGCCGCUGCAGCAGCCCCUCACGACCAGGAGCCCCCCACGGCCUGGGGCCUCCUCUUCAUCUUGGCACAGAAAUCGUUUGGGGGGGUGUGGGGGGCUGGGGGGAGGGGGCAGCUGCUAUCUUUGAGACAGAAAGAUGCAGGACAGCAUUUCAUAUGUAACCAUUUGAAUGUUUUUGCUGUUUUUUAGAAUUCAGAACCCUGGUUGGGGGGGUGGGGGGCGCCAGGGAGGUGGGGUAAGAAGAGCUUCCAUUUGUUCAGUAGAUUGCACGUUAGUGGGUGGUCGUGCCAGGGGCAGCUGCUGAUAAGUUUGUGACAACUAGCCCCAGUCUGUGUUGCCUGGGUGCUCACUAAGAGAGGCUCUUAUCCAGGAGCCCGUGCUCCUGGGUCCCUGAGGGUCAUGUCUGGUCCCUGGCCAGUCCCCUCUGACUGAGGCCUCUCCUCUCUGCCCUUCCCUGUCUCAUUCCCACCCAUCUGGCCAGGGCUAGUGCCCAUUUUUAACCCUACCCAUUGAUCAUUUCAAGAAAACCUCUGUUUACUGUGCAGCACCCAGGCAAAACAUGCUCCACAAAUUCAACUUGUAUAUUUGGCAGAUUAAACUUGACAUUAUCGUAA